UUCUGCCUGCUCCUCUCAACAUGUUUUCAACAGAUGUUAGAAGAUUUGAAUAAUAUCUUCGAUGCCAUGGUGUCUACAGAGCACUGAAAACGAAGUGAAAUCAAGUUUCAGAGAAGACCAUCAAGAAGUCAAGAUGGGGACUCCUGGUUCUGGAAGGAAACGCACACCUGUGAAAGACCGCUUUUCUGCAGAAGAUGAAGCAUUGAGUACCAUUGCCAGAGAGGCAGAGGCAAGGCUAGCCGCCAAACGGGCUGCCCGAGCAGAAGCAAGAGAUAUACGCAUGAGAGAACUGGAGCGACAACAAAAAGAGGAAGAUUCGGAAAGGGCCAAGUAUUCCCAUGGGUCCAGUCAUCAUCGCCUUUAUCUGGGAGUUGAGGAUGCAAUGUCCAUUCGAAGUCUUGGCAGUCACAGGAAGCUAUCCAAGGAUGUAACUGGGGCACAUUGGAGCAGAACCAGUACACCUAAAAGACAAGACACCAUGUAUGAUGCUACCAAGGAUCGAUCCUCAAGACUUUUAUCACUAAGUCAUUCUCAUAGUCACUCUUACGGAACGAAGAAGAGACCCUCUGGUGCCCAUAAAGACCCACUGAGUGGCCUCUACUUUGACCAGAGAAACUAUAGCAGUCUUAGACAUAGCAAACCCACCUCUGUCUACCACACUCGGUGUUCUUCUCUGUACAGUGACCCUCUAGCAACAUCUAAGAGUAACAGGGCAUCUUUGUAUGAUGGUGGAUUAUAUAGCCCAUAUAGGUCUCGAACUCCCUCUGAAUACAGUUAUUACUCCUCAAGAACAAGUUCAACUCGAAGCAGUCCUGUGUUUACCGACGAUGACACUGAGAGCAUUGUGUCUUCAGGUCGUGCCAGUUGUGGGCGAAGAGAGAGUGUGGUUUCUGCUGCUGAUUAUUUUAGCCGCUCCAAUCGUAGGGGCAGCAUUGUCUCUGAGGUGGAUGACACCAGUAUCCCAGAUUUGACCAGUUUGGAUGAAAAAUCUGACAAACAGUACGCUGAAAAUUACACAAGGCCUUCAUCUCGAAAUUCUGCCUCAGCGGCAACCCCUCUAAGUGGGAACUCUUCCCGACGAGGAAGCGGGGACACCAGCAGCUUAAUAGAUCCAGACACCUCAUUAAGUGAAUUGCGGGAUAUCUAUGACCUUAAGGACCAGAUACAGGAUGUAGAAGGGAGAUACAUGCAGGGGCUUAAAGAACUAAAGGAAUCUCUGUCUGAAGUGGAAGAAAAGUAUAAGAAAGCUAUGGUUUCCAAUGCACAGUUAGACAACGAGAAGAACAAUUUGAUCUACCAAGUAGACACCCUCAAGGAUGUGAUUGAAGAACAAGAAGAACAGAUGGCCGAGUUUUAUAGAGAAAAUGAUGAAAAAUCAAAGGAGUUAGAAAGACAGAAACAUAUGUGCAGCGUGCUGCAGCAUAAGAUGGAUGAACUUAAAGAAGGCCUUCGACAAAGAGAUGAGCUUAUUGAGGAGAAGCAACGCAUGCAGCAGAAAAUAGACACCGUGACAAAAGAAGUGUUUGAUCUCCAAGAGACACUUCUUUGGAAAGAUAAAAAAAUUGGGGCCCUAGAGAAACAGAAAGAAUACACUGCCUGCCUUAGGGAUGAGCGAGAUAUGCUCAGAGAGGAGUUGGCCGACCUGAAGGCGACAGUGAAGACAGGAGAGAAACAUGGUUUAGUUAUAAUCCCCAAUGGCACUCCCAACGGUGAUGUCAAUCAUGAACCAGUGGUUGGAGCCAUCACUGUUGUGUCUCAGGAAGCUGCCCAGGUCUUGGAGUCAGCAGGAGAAGGACCACUAGAUGUAAGGCUACGAAAACUUGCUGGAGAAAAAGAAGAGCUGCUAUCACAGAUUAGGAAAUUGAAGCUACAGUUAGAAGAAGAACGACAGAAGUGUUCCAGGAGCGAAGGCACAAUGGGGGACCUGGCUGGACUGCAGAAUGGCUCGGACUUGCAGUUCAUUGAAAUGCAGAGAGAUGCCAAUAGACAAAUUAGUGAAUACAAAUUUAAGCUUUCAAAAGCUGAACAGGAUAUAACCACCUUGGAGCAAAGUAUUAGCCGGCUUGAGGGACAGGUGCUAAGAUAUAAAACGGCCUCUGAAAAUGCUGAGAAAGUUGAAGAUGAACUGAAAGCAGAAAAGAGGAAGCUACAACGAGAGUUACGGACAGCACUGGACAAGAUUGAGGAGAUGGAGAUGACCAACAGCCACCUGGCCAAGCGGCUGGAGAAGAUGAAGGCCAAUAGGACAGCCCUUCUGGCCCAGCAGUAGGGAGGCCGCCGUUUGACCUGGGUGCCUAUGGGGGCUGACUUCUGUCCAUGGACACAAACCCCUUUCAGUCCUGUUUGCAUUUUCAUCAGUAUAGCCACCUUUGUAUUUUAUAAUUUAUGAGAGAAUGAAACACGUUUGAAUCUUCAUGAAUGAACACUCUGGAUUUUUUGUUUGUGGUUUGAUUCUAGACUAAGAACUGGCCCAUGUGCUUUUAGUUUUUACUUCUUUAAAUUUAGAAUCAAGUUUACUCACUCUUUCCCCCAGCUUCCUAGUGAUUGGACACUGGGCGGUGGCAGUGGCGCUCUGGAGGACUGCAACUCGGAGUGGUCACGGAGAGGCUUGCUGGAGACCCAGGAAACACAAGUGCCUUCGCCAUGUUGCAAUUCAGACUGCGGUGAUCUUCAGUGGUCAAAAGACAUUUACCCUUCGUAUCAGAUAGCAUUUAUAUUUUAGUGCGAGAACAAGCUCACGGGUGUGGAAGAUGCUUCACUCAAAUUUAUAUGUUUGGAGGAAAAAACUUUUUUUUUGUAAAAUAUUUAAAUUUAUAUAAGAAAAUGUUAAGAAAAAAAGAUGAGGAGUGUAAAUAAAACUUGCUUUAUUGCAUGGGGUAUGGAAAGUCCAGGGCCUAAUACUCUUAAAAUAAGAGUAGGGUCCUUCAAUAUUAACUGUGCUGUACUUUGUAAAGUAUUUCAUCUGCUGCUUUUUUGUGGAAAUAAAUAAUGAAACCUCACACAAGCCCAAUGGGGAGGGUGGGAUAGGGCAGGGCAGGCCAGUGGGAAAUCUGCCUGAAGAUUCUAUUAAACACAACCUUUGGCUGACCAUAA